CCCACUGAUUUGUUUACACUUCCCAAGUACAGCUACAUUUGUUGGAGGGUCUUUCCUCAGAAUACAUAGAGACAGGAUGUCGAACCUGGGAGAGUAUGAGAUGGACUUUUACCAAUCUAAUUAUAUCAUUGAUCAGCAAGAGCAGAGCUAUCAUGACUCUAAUGCUUACGGAAACCUUUAUGGAUCCAGACAAACGCAAGCCACCGAGCAGCAUCAGCCUUCCUCUUCUGUUCCUCCAGAGAUGUUCCUGCCAGCGAGUUAUGCAGGACAGCCCUUUCAGCCAGCAUCUAACUUAGACUAUUAUCCACACUCUUCUUCAGAUGACGGUUUUGAUGAAGAGCCUCCUUUGCUAGAAGAACUUGGAAUUAAUUUUGAUCAUAUAUGGCAGAAAACACUGACAGUGUUAAACCCGAUGAAGCCAGCAGAUGGCAGCAUCAUGAAUGAAACGGAUCUCACAGGACCCAUUCUUUUCUGUGUGGCUCUGGGAGCCACGUUGCUUAUGGCAGGAAAAGCCCAGUUUGGUUAUGUAUAUGGAAUGAGUGCCAUUGGCUGCCUUCUGCUUCACACCUUACUAAACUUGAUGAGUUCUGCAGGGGUGUCAUACGGCUGUGUGGCCAGUGUGCUGGGAUACUGUUUGCUGCCAAUGGUCAUUUUGUCGAGCUGUGCCAUCUUCUUUUCAUUGCAGGGCACCUUGGGAACUGCGUCAGUCCUGCUCAUCAUCACUUGGUGCAGUCUCUCAGCUUCUAAGAUCUUCAUUUCAGCCUUGUCCAUGGAAGGACAACAGCUUCUUGUCGCUUACCCCUGUGCCUUAUUUUACGGGCUGUUUGCCCUUUUGACGAUUUUCUGAAGACUGUCUGGUGUGGCUUUGCUACAUCCCACUUGCUCGCUGUUCAGAUUUUUCUGGAAGUGCAUUAGCACUCAAAUUCAGCAAGACGACUUAUGUUUUAUUGCUGUUGAGAGAAUAUUAAGCAGAGAGACAAAACGGCACUCAAGGAUAGUGCUCUAAUAGCCUGUUUGGUAGGGAUGAUGUUUUGAUUUUUCAGCUUGGAGCAUUAAAACACUUAAAAUGUUUUGAAAUAUUAAGAGAUACAGUCUAGGUGCUGAUAGAUGUUGCUUUUUCUCAUCUCAAUAGACAUGUUUCUGAGAAAUUGUGAGUAAAAUACCAUCCUCUUAACUAUAAUAAAUGUUUUCCAAAAAC